UUAGGGUUUUUGGGUGUGCCGUAGCAUAGCCUCAAUUUUCUCUUAUAGCUGAUAGCUUCAUCGUCUUCGAAACUUCAUAACCAGUUUUCUUGAGCCGCCUCAGCACCACAACAAUGGAGCAGACUUUCAUUAUGAUCAAGCCUGACGGCGUUCAAAGAGGCCUCGUUGGUGAGAUCAUUGGUAGAUUUGAGAAGAAAGGCUUCACCUUGAAAGGUCUCAAGCUACUCACUGUGGACCGUGCUUUUGCCGAGAGUCACUAUGCUGAUCUGUCGGCAAAGCCCUUCUUCAACGGGCUUGUCGAGUACAUUAUCUCGGGCCCAGUUGUUGCCAUGGUUUGGGAAGGCAAGAAUGUGGUGACUACAGGUAGAAAAAUAAUCGGAGCUACUAACCCUGCUCAAUCUGACCCGGGCACCAUUCGUGGCGACUAUGCCAUUGAUAUUGGCAGGAAUGUGAUUCACGGUAGUGAUGCUGUCGAGAGUGCUAGGAAGGAGAUUGCUCUGUGGUUUCCGGAAGGAAUUGCAGAAUGGAGGAGCAGCCUUCACUCGUGGAUCUAUGAAUAAAUCUCGUGAAAAAUCGGCCUACAUUUUGAGUUUGAGUUGUGAGAACUUUGGAUUUCUUAGUUCGUUUUCCUUUUUUUCAUUGCCGAGACACUACAUUUUGCGUUGUCGCCAUUUGAGUCGUGAGAAGUUUGGAUUUCGGAGUUCAUUUUCUUUGGUUAUGGCUAAGAUGGAUCCUUGUCAGGAGUGUUGUUUGCCCUUGCGAUUUUAAAGAUUUUUAUGCAAACUGAGUCGAGUCGAGCAUUAGCUUUAUCGA